ACCCUGCUAUUUUUUGAGAGCAAGAUUGUUGGAUAGAAGAAGCACAUAUUUUCGUUGUGUACUGUGUGCAUCAUGCCGGAAUUGAAGCGGGCUCAUUCACCGGAUCCGCCUCCAUCGGCGUCUACCCAGGAUCCACCCCCACCCGCUCAAGACGAGCAUGCAGUAGCCUUGAAGAAGGCCCGCCCCGAAUCGGGUUAUGAGGUGGGGAUCAAGGAUCCCAUGGAACAGCAACAACAACUCCAGAAAUCGGGUCCGCCUCGGAUGUCAAACAUGGAAUCGGCCAUCAUGCUUCUGGCUGGCGGUCACCAAGGCGAGAUUUUCUCAGCCAAGUUUCACCCCGAUGGACAGAUCUUGGCCUCAGGCGGAUUUGAUCGCACCAUUUGUCUCUGGAACGUGUACGGGGAAUGUGAGAACUAUCACGUUAUCUCGGCGGUGCAUUCGGGCGCCAUUCUCGACCUGCAUUUCUCCUACGAAGACGGACAGUAUCUGUACACGGCGUCCACGGACAAAACGGUGGGCAUAUUCAACACUCGCACGGGACAGAGGUUGAAACGUCUCAAGGGCCACACCAACUACGUGAACUCGGUUCACCCGGCACGACGCGGAGACCCUUUGGUGGUCUCGGGAUCCGAUGAUUGUUCCAUCCGAGUAUGGGACCAACGCAAGCGUAACUCGGUUCAGACCUUGAAUAGCAUGUACCAGGUGACUGCUGUGACCUUCAAUGACACGGCCGAGCAAGUGAUCUCAGCUGGGAUCGACAACCAGGUCAAGAUCUGGGAUCUCCGCAAACCCACUCAACCCGCUUACAUGUUACCUGGUCACACCGACACAAUCACCGGGAUCUCUUUGUCUCCCGAUGGAUCUUAUGUCCUCACCAAUGCUAUGGACAACACGCUUAGGAUCUGGGAUAUUCGCCCAUUCGUGCAAACCGACCGAUGCACCAAGAUCAUAACGGGACAUCAACAUAACUUUGAGAAGAACCUACUCAAGUGCUGCUGGUCUCCGGAUGGAGCCAUGGUCUCCGCGGGCUCCUCCGACCGAUUUGUGUAUAUUUGGGACACCUCUUCCCGUCGCAUCUUGUACAAGUUACCCGGACAUUUGGGCGCAGUCAAUGAUAUUGACUUUCACAAAGUCGAACCCAUCAUUUUGUCCGCCUCGAGCGACCGCCAGAUCUAUUUGGGAGAAUUCGAACCUUGAUGCCUCGAAACAUACUUUGCUUCGUACUACUGUAUUAUGUGUAAUAGAAGAGGAAGGACAAAAGA